AUGUCUGCCUCUCGCCGUAUUGACAACAUUGCUGGCCACCUUACGGUCACUGGAGCUGCCAAAGCUCCCAAGAGCCCCGACGAUGUUGUCAUUGUCUCUGCUCUCCGUACGCCUCUUACCAAGGGUGGAAAGGGUGGUUUCAAGGAAACUCACCCAGAGUACAUUCUGGCCGCUAGUUUGAAGAGCAUUAUUGAAAAGACGGGUAUCGACCCCAAGAUUGUCCAGGAUAUUCAGGUCGGAAAUGUCCUCAUGCCCGGCGCUGGUGUCACCACCUCCCGUAUGGCUGCCUUGUACGCUGGCUUCCCCGAGACGGCCGCUCUCUCUGCUGUCAACCGUCAGUGCUCCAGUGGUUUGACAACAUGCGCCAACAUUGCCGCUGCCAUCAAGGCUGGUUACAUUGACGUUGGUAUCGGUGCCGGUGUUGAGUCCAUGACCAUGUACUACGGUCCUGGCGCUAUGCCCACCGACCUUGACUCUUCCAUUCUCGAAUACGGCCCAGCUGCUGAUGUUUUGAUUCCCAUGGGUCAGACAUCUGAGAACGUUGCUGCAGAGUUCAAGAUUUCCCGUGAUGUUCAGGAUAAGUUUGCCCUCCGCUCCCACAACUUGGCCGCCAAGGCUCAAAAGGAAGGUCUCUUUGACGAGGAAAUUGUUCCCGUCAAGCUUGCCGAUGGUUCCAUUGUCAGCAAGGAUGACGGUAUCCGUGCGACCACUGCCGAGUCUCUUGCCAAGCUUCGCCCCGCUUUCGGCAAGAACGGCUCUACUACAGCCGGUAACGCGUCCCAGAUCACUGAUGGUGCCGCAUCUGUCCUUAUGAUGCGCCGUAGCGUCGCCGAGAAACUCGGUCUCAAGCCCCUUGCCCGCUGGGUUGGUUUCUCUGUUGUCGGUGUCCCACCAAGAAUUAUGGGUAUUGGCCCAGAAAAGGCCAUUCCCGAGGUGCUGCGCCAGGUCGGUCUCAAGAUCGAGGAUGUUGACAUUUACGAGAUCAACGAGGCCUUUGCCUCCCAAGCUGUCUACUGUGUGGACCGAUUGGGUAUUCCAAUUGAGAAGGUGAAUCCCAAGGGUGGUGCCAUUGCUUUUGGACACCCAAUGGGUGCCACUGGUGCCCGUCAAGUUGCCACUCUCCUUCCCGAGCUUCGUCGUCAGAAGAAGCGCUUUGGUGUGAUUUCAAUGUGUGUUGGUAUCGGUAUGGGAGCUGCAGCUGUCAUUGAGAACGAAGUCUUGUAA